AUGCAUCAAACGGGCGAGCGAAACGCACCUUCCGACCCGCCCGAGUGGUCUGGCUUGACCCGGUCCACGCUAACGACUACCUCUUUGUUCCCCCCACAUACUGUGUUCCUGCUGGGCUUGCAAAUGCUAGAUGUGUUAGAGUAUGUGCACACUAGAGGCUAUGUUCACGCGGAUAUUAAAGGCGGUAACAUACUCCUGGGCCUUAAGAAGGGGACGGAGCAUCAGGCCUACCUCGUGGACUUCGGCCUCGCAACACGGAUUAAUGACAAGGAAUUCAAGCCCGACCCCAAGUGUGCACACAAUGGCACCAUUGAGUAUACCAGCAGGGAUGCCCAUCUAGGAGUGGCCACAACGCGUGGUGACCUGGAGAUCCUGGGCUACAACAUGCUGCAGUGGCUCACAGGACAGCUGCCCUGGGAGAAGAGUCUCCAGCAGCCCAAGACCGUGCAGGAGAUGAAGGAGGCCUUCAUGAGGAACGUCCGGAAGGAGAUCACCAAGCUAUCUGGCAGUGUACCUGAAGCCCUUAUCAAAUUCUUUGAAUACAUUAACACAUUGAAGCCCAAAGACAGUAUCGACUACAGCAAGUGUAAGAAAAUGUUUGAAACCUAUCUGAAGUCACAAGGAGUGUCCAGAAGCAGCAAGCUAGAGUUCACAAGCAAGAAGAAGAAGGGAAGUAAAGCUGUGAAUGGAGAUCAAAACGGACGAGGCACGGGAUCACCACAUAAAAACACCAGAGUUUAUACACGCUUUUAUUAA